AUGCUGGGAAUAGUGUUUCUCACGUUGUUGGCGGGCAGCUCGGCGGAACUGGGCUACCAGUAUCAGCAGAAUAGUUAUGGAGGAGGAGCUGUGAAUAGCUAUGGAAACGAAGCAGUUUUGGGCGAUGAACGAUACCCCAGGCAACCGGGUAAUCACUACCAGGAGAACGCAGACUUUCACAAGCACUUUUACGCGUUCGAAGCUCCUUACGAUUCUGCGGAGGAGGCGGAUUUAGCGGAAACCAAGUUAUCAUCCCUUGCCGAGAAGAACCUCCAAGUCGUGUUUAUCAAGGCGCCGGAAAACAAGGCGGUGGUGGGUGCUCUUAACGCCUUGGCCAAGCAAACCAGCGAGGAUAAGACGGCCAUCUACGUGCUCAACAAACAGACGGAUGUCAAUGAGCUGGCAAGCCAACUUAGUGCCCUUAAGGCCCAACACAAACAUAAGCCACAGGUUCAUUUUGUUAAGUACAGAACGGAGGAGGAAGCUGAUCAGGCCCAACAAUAUAUUCAGGCCCAAUACGGCGGCGGAUCUUCGAUUCCCCAGCCGGCAAAGGCAUCCUCCUUGGGAUAUUAUCCCGAGCAGCGUCCACAGUAUGAGCAGGUUGCGCAAUCUGAGGAGUAUCCAGCUGGCCAAGCGGGCUAUCUGCCGUCCCCUCAACAGUCCGCCUAUCAGCCAGAGUCAGGAUAUCUGCCACCCUUGCCCAGUUACUCCUCAAUUUCGCAGGGCUACAAUGCUGCUGGAUCCUCAAGUGGAGCCUCCACCAUUGGACAGCUUGAUCUGCCCCCUGUGCCCGAGGCUCAGCAGGAUCUAUCGGCCAGCUUUAACGAUGCCGGCGUGGACUACCGCUCCGCCAGAUCGAGGCGAUUCGAUUUUCGGGCCAAUGAGCGGCAUAGGCGUGGUAGUAGGAUGGUCUUUCCAUCAGCCAACCCUGGAAAACGCCUGCGGCUCUGAAUGGGCCACCCUCUGCCAAAUUAAGACAUUAAAUUAGUGACAUAAGACUGCCCCAAGGGGUAACUAGUUAUAGCUGCGAAUAAAGCCCAAUAAUAUCUAUCAA